AUGAAAUCUGAGCUGGAAAUGAUUGAGAAAAACAACACAUGGGAGCUAGUUGACAGACCAUUUAACAAGCCAAUCAUUGUAGCAAGGUUGGACACUAUUAGGACCUUGAUAGCACUUGCUGCACAGAAGGAAUGGAACUUAUAUCAAUUGGAUGUAAAGUCUACUUUUCUGAAUGGAGUUUUAAAGGAAGAAGUUUAUGUUGAGCAGCCACAAGGAUUUGUGAAGAAAAACGAAGAAACCAAGGUGUAUAAGUUGAACAAGGCUUUGUAUGGCUUGAAGCAAGCUCCAAGAGCCUGGUAUGAUGAGAUAGAUUCCUAUUUCAGCAAGGCAGGUUUCAAGAAGAGCUCUAGUGAAGCAACACUUUAUGUCAAACCUAGUGAAGCUUCAGACAAAUUGGGAUAUAUUAAUGGUGAUCUUCCACAACCUCCUUCGAUCACUCCAACAUUUCCUUGUUGGCGCACUGAGAACUCUAUUGUGAAUGGAUUGCUCAUCAAUUCUCUGGAGCAGAGCUUUAUUGGCAAUUUCAUUUCUUUUCCGACGGCAAAAGCAGUGUGGGAUGCAAUUGCCACAACUUACUAUGAUGGCACUGGCACCUCUCAGUCAUAUGCUACUACUGCUGGUGCGCCACCUCCUAAAACCAUCCCACAUUCCCAUCCCAAGGCUCCGACUGAUGGAAGUGGUUGCACGCACUGUGGCAACCCCAAACAUACCCGCAACACCUGUUUUAAGUUGAAUGGCUAUCCAGAUUGGUGGGAGGACCUUUGCACUCGCAAGCUCAAAGAAACUAUUAGUAAUUCUGGCUGUGUUGCUCUUGUCUCUACCGAACCCCAAAUAGCCUUCUUCUCGCAGGUAGACCCUACGGAUAGUCCCUUGCUUCUAGAUGUCUCAGGUAAAUGCAGUUAUGCAUUUCAUACUUCUGAUCUACGAGAUACUACUGGUUGGAUAAUUGAUUCUAGCGCCACUAAUCAUAUGACCUUUGAUCCAAAUGAUUUUUUGCACACCAUUACACCCCGCCGCACAAGUAUUGCCAAUGCAAAUAGAGUUACAUAUCCUGUGACAGAGGCCGGCACUGUCGCCCUUUCACCUUAUCUGUCCCUUUCUAAUACUCUACUCGUUCCAUCUUUGUCCAAUAAAUUAAUGUUUGAUAUUCUCACAAAAGAUAUCAUUGGGCGUGGUACUAAAAGAGGGGGGCUGUACUAUGUGGAUGACUUCAGUAUGAGACGUGCCAACAGUGUGAAGCAUCCGUCUGAUGACAAGCACUGA